AUGUCGUUAGCGACUGCGGAACUUCCUACUUUAUACCAGUACUACAGCGGUGAAAGCAUCAAGGAGGGGUUGUCCGAUCAAAGACCAUAUUUUACACUCAAUAAAAAAAAUAUUACAAUCUACAGUGGCGCUUUCCAGUAUUUUAGGGUGCCAAGAGCUUAUUGGCGAGACAGGUUUAGGAAAUUGAAGGCUGCUGGUUUGAAUACUGUCGAAACGUAUGUACCUUGGAACCUACACGAACCUCAAUCAGGCGGUUCAGAUUUUGAAGACUUCUUGCAUCUAGAAGAAUUCUUAAAAACUGCCAAAGAAGAGGACCUAUUCGCAUUAAUUAGACCUGGUCCUUAUAUCUGCGGCGAACUUGAUUUUGGAGGGCUACCAAGCUGGAUCCUUAGAAACACUUCGUCAGUCAGAAACUCACAUGACAAAAACUACAUUAAUUAUGCCAGAAGAUAUUUCAAUGUACUUUUACCGCUUUUAGCGAUGUUUCAAUUUCAGAAGGGUGGUUCGAUCAUCGGAUUACAGAUUGAAAAUGAAUUCGGUGCUGCUUUUAGCUUCGAUACCGAGUAUUUAGAAUUGUUGAAGCAAAUGUUUCUAGACAAUAACAUAAUUGAAUUGCUGUAUACAUCUGAUAAUAUAGGAACGGCUUGGGGACGAGGUACUAUACCUGGGGUUCUACAAAUGGCCAAUAUGAAUUCAAUGCCAAGAAUGGAGUUAGAUUUUUUGAAGAUGGCACAACCUAAUAAACCGGUGAUGGUGAUGGAGUUUUGGACUGGUUGGUACGAUCAUUGGGCUGAUAACCAUAAUACUGGAUCAAACUCUAAGGAUUUUAAAUCAGAGUUGACUGAUAUUUUAGAUUAUCCUUCUUCUGUAAACCUAUAUUUGUUCAUUGGUAAGUUAUCAUAA